AUGGAGAAAAACGACUACCUCUUCGUCCAUUUGACAUCGUCUCCUAAAGAUCGAACGUCGCAACAACUUCAGUAUGCUGCAUGCAAGGCCCAUAUAUCUCGAAAAGUCCACCGAAACCGCCGCCAAAAGCUGAAGAAGCAGGACGAGGAUACCUGCAGGAACCACAGUUCAGAGUCGACUCCUAACACAGCCCUGCUGCCCGUGAUAUUCAGGGGAAACUCUGAUCCUUUCAGUUGCCAGAUGAUUACGGUGACGCCCAUUGUGAAUCACGCGGUCUCAUUCGUUCGAUUCCAUCUUAGUCGGUGCUGGUCGCCAACCUACAUGGCCCGGUUUGAGGAUAUCAACCCGGUAGACUGUCCCAUUUUUGGAAUCAGCAGCACGAUCGGCAUGAUGGCGGCUAAAUGGGUCUGGUCCUUUUUUGUUGCGGAUGUUGGGACAUUCUGGUCUGCUGUGGCAAGUGUACUGCCACUGAUGACUCGCUUCGUUCCGCCGGCGAGUGUACGUGAACUCGAACGAGUCUCUCUGGAGCUCAAGGCAAAAGUCCUGGCAGGUCUGAGAAGAGCUCUGCAGGACGGGCCACUGAAACAUCAGCCUAGCAUGACUCUGAUCUACCAAGUCAAAGCGCUAUUCCGAGAGGCCACGACGAGCGGAGAUACCCAUAGCGCCAGCAUCCACGCGAAAGUCCUGUUAUCGCUUGCCGAGCAACUACCCGUCCAAGAAUGCCAAGGUGGUGAAGAUGUCCUAGGCAUAGCUCUGUGGGGAGACAGCCUCUCAGCUCUAUUUCAACUGCGUCGACCGAUCCUCAAUUACCUCAAUUGGAUGCCUCAGAUAGUCGCCACCACGUGGACUUCGGCGGAAUCUCUGCUCCCCGUACCUCAUAUAAGCGAUCUCUCUGUCCCUGAAAGCGUGAUCAGUCCACAGCUUCGACAGGCGUUCAGCCACAUCCGUCGAGUCCUGAACAUCGGCAAGGUUCUGAUGCCUCUUGACGGCGACGACCAUCUCAGACGCGCCCAGCUGAUCUUCCAUUGGCUUACCACCAAGUCUGAGUAUCACAUAAGUAGCUUGCUGGACCUGUAUUUCGACCUCACCGAGGCAGAGACAUCCCGUGGGUCGAGCGAAGGUGGUAGACACACCGAGGCAGCUCUCGCACUGGCUCUAUUGUACGUUUUUCAAAAGAGCUUUAGCGACACCUCGCAAUCUGACUGCAUCGAUAUUCACGACAGCACAGCCGUGGUUCAUCCGGCACUCCUCGCCAGAAUGAAGACUGCACUUUUGAUCUGCUCGCAGCAAGAACGCGUUUUGUACAAAGAUGUACAUUUCUGGAUACUCUUCAUAGGCUCGUUUUGCGAAGAGCGCUUACAGACCAUAAGCCCACGAGAUCACAAUAUGCUCGGGGAGUGGUUCCAUCAGCAGCUCGCCGAGCAAGCUCUUGAAGCGGGACUCAGCAACUGGGUUGACGCUAGAUCUGUACUGGCGAGAUUCGUCGUCAACGACUUCCUCAUGCCUCCUGCGCAGAAGUGGUAUGGACAGACAAUAUCUCAUUAUAGCAGUGUGUGA